GCGGCUGCAGUUCGGCCAGUGCUGCACGAGCGCGUGGUGCCUCUGCUCGAGUCCUUUCUGCGCACCAAGCAGCGGCUCGGGAGCGCGGUCGAGCGGCGGCUCUACGCCGCCAUGACACCGGCGGCCCUCCUCGACCGCAUGCUCCGCUGCCGGCCGCUCGCGUUUCUGAGCGCGUCGGACGACUACCGCCUUCGAGACGGCGUGACGCAAGGCUCGGGAGGCUUCGAGAGGAUCGGCACCGCUGACGAGGGCGCUGGCCCGCUCCGCCUCGAGCAGCUCAUGUCGUACGACGAGAUGGCCAUCGCCGCCCUCCUCUCCGUCGCUGUGCCGACGCACUUUUACAAUGACGGCGCUCCGAGACAGCUCCGAGAGGGGCCGCCCAGCCCUUGCCCCCGCCGCCUCGUGUGUGUGUUGAAAGGUCUGCCUUACCUCACCUCACCCCAGGUGGGGCGGAUGGAGUGGGCGCACACGCUAGUGACAGCGGAGCAAAACACGGCCGAGAACGGCUACGGCCCGGCGGCGGGAGUGGCGGCGGGAGUGGCGGCGGGACUGCUCGCGGCGUGGGCGCGGCUCUACGGGCGGGAGCACUUGCCGACGUACGACGAGGCGGUGUCAAGGCGGGAGACGGAGCCGGACACCUUCCUGCAAGUGCGCCUGCACGGUUUCUUUUUGUGCAGCGAUCUGUUGUUUUUCUGCAUCGACCCCUUUUUGCGGGAGGCGAGCGACCGCGCCAAAGAGAAGGGCGCCAAGGCGUACGCGCACGUGGUGGGGCUGGGCCUCGGCGUGUGGAUGGCGACGCUGAUGGUGCAAGCCUUCGAGGCGGCGCUGCAGGAGCUCGCCCCGCAGCUGCAGCACAUCGACACGCUCGACUUCUCUUGGCUCCCGUCGGAGUGCAAGGAGGCAACGUCGCUCCGCCACGGCGCGGGCUGCGGCGCGGUCCGCCAGGUCCUCUUCUCAAACCGCAACCCGGCGGCGCGGUUGCCGCCCUCCGAGCAGCCGCUGCUGCUGGUGGCCAUGUACACGUGGGAUGGCAAUGCUUACCCCGGCAACGAGUAUUGGCUCGGGUGCCUCGCCGCGAGCGGCGACCCCGCCGCCGCGUGCUGCUCGGCGAUACCGCUGCUGCAGAACCCCGAGGUGAACGACUACCUGUGUGGCGGCGCCACCGUGCUCCACCCCUCGGGA